UGAGGAUGAGCGCUCAGAGGAUGGAUGACUGCACAUACUUCAGCAUCACAUGUAUGAGGAGGCUGUAAGGGCUGCAGAACCAGCAGGAGAGGGAGUUUGAUUGCCUGACGAAAGACAAAAGAGUCUUCUCAGUGAGAUUCAAACCAAACCUCCUAAAAUCAAACUCAUUAUUCAGUCAUGGAAUACAUUAAUGCGCUCAGCUCCUCGGCAUCCUGCCCGGAUAUGUACAGCCGGAACAACGGCAGCAUCAUCCUACAGCAUUAUAACUACACCGGGAAGCUGCAGCACAGAACGUCAAACAAGAGCAGCAUCAGCACAGCUUCAGCCAUCGUUUUCCUCUGCUUCAGCAUCCUAAUCAUGCUGGAGAAUCUGCUGGUGCUGCUGGCUGUGCUGUUCCACGUGCGCAUACGCCACCGCUGGCUGAACAUCUGCAUUGCCAAUAUUGCACUCAGCGAUCUGCUCACAGGUGCAGCCUAUGUGGUGAACAUCUGCAUGUCGGGAGAGCGCACUCUGCAGCUCAGUCCACUCCUCUGGCUCCUGCGUGAAGGACUUCUGUUUGUGGCGUUGGCUGCUUCUGUGUUCAGUUUGCUGCUGAUUGCUGUAGAGCGCUAUGUCACCAUGAUGAAAUCAGAGUCUGAGAACAGAAACAGGAAGACCUAUCGAAUCUACAUGAUGGUGGUACUGUGCUGGAUCACGGCAUUCGUCAUGGGUUUCCUACCGCUGUUCGGCUGGAACUGUGUGUGCAAUCUAAGAGAGUGCUCGACUCUUCUGCCAUUGUACUCCAAGAGCUACAUCCUGUUUGCGCUGGUCAUUUUCUUCAUCAUCCUCUUAACCAUCGGUGGCCUCUAUUUUGCCAUCUAUUGGCGUGUCCGCAGGAACAUCUUGGUGAAGAGCAGAAAGCGGUCCAUCCGGCUCCUCAAGGCUGUGAUCUCCAUCGUGGGGGCCUUUGUGGUGUGCUGGGGCCCAUUGUUCGUCCUGCUCUUGGUGGACUUUUAUUGCUACUCGCGCCUCUGCGACCCACUCUUCAGCCCACAGUGGGUCAUAGCGCUAGCUGUCCUCAACUCAGCUGUCAACCCACUCAUUUACUCGCUGGGCAGCCAGGAUCUGCGCAAUGCCAUCAGAAGCCUCCUGUGCUGCAUCUGUCACCCGGAGAGCUUCUCAUCCAAGGAAACGUCAGGCACGUCAGUGAGCCGUCACAGCAGCUUGCGCAACAGCUUCAACAAGGUGCGGACACUGAGCACGAGCCCACAGAGUCAGGAGAGGAGCAGCAAGAAACCCAGACUGAGCUCCACCACCUCCUGCCUGUCUGCAUCAAGCAUUUAAACCACAUGCUUCACACAUAGACCACAAGAAUCACACACCCACACACACACACACACACAUAACACACACACACAAUUCACUCAGGGCCAUCAUCACACCUGUCAGAAUAGUGAACACAAAUUUUUACAUGUGUGUAUGAUAUAAUAGUAAAAGCUUUCUUUUUUCUUAAAAAAAUGAAACCAUGAGAAUGUUUUUAAGCAUCAUGUAACAUUUAACCUGUGAAUUCUUAGUCUCUCAGGAACAAGCAUGUAUAUGCCAAAACAUUCAUAAACACAUUUGUGUGUGUAAGCGUGCAAUUUUCAUGCAUUUUUUAAUUUUGUUUUUUCUUCACUUGUAAAAGU